AUGCCGACCCUUCACGACGACGAUGAGCUUCUCCUGGCUCGCAUCGGCUACAAACAGGAGCUCCGUCGGGAAUUUUCAAAAUGGUCGACCAUCUCCUAUGCCGUCUCCAUCCUAGGAGUGCUGGGCUCCGUACCAGCGACAUUCGGUGCUCCUUUGGCCGCCGGUGGGCCUGCAACCGCAGUUUGGUGCUGGUUCUUAGGCUCCAUCAUGGCCUUUUGCAUAGGCAGUUCCGUGUCGGAGCUAGUCUCAGCAUACCCCACAGCAGGCGGGAUGUACUUUGUCACUAAAUACGUUGUUCCUGAGGACCAGGUGCCGAUAUUCUCUUGGAUCCAAGGCUGGUGCAACCUACUCGGACAAACGGCCGGGGUUUCUAGUGUGGCUUAUACCGUGAGUCAAAUGCUACUUGCUGCUGCAAGUAUGGACUCACGGCUGGUUGAUGGGGGAUACUCGUAUACGCCAACUGCGUGGGAUACAGUACGCUUGUCCAUUGCACUCCUGAUAUUUCUUGGUGUCAUCUGCUCGAUGACCACAAAGUCACUGCAUCGCAUCUUUGUCUGGUUUGCGCCGAUCAAUAUCGCGGCAACCUUCACAAUCUGUUUCGUCCUCCUAUACAACACCCCUAACAAACAACCUGCUAGCUGGGUCUUCACUCACGUCACCGACGGAUCAGGCUGGGGCUCCAAGCUCUUCUCCUUUCUCCUCGGAUUCAUCUCUGUUGCGUGGACCAUGACCGACUACGACGGAACUACCCACAUGUCCGAAGAAACCCAUGACGCCGCCACCCUAGGGCCCGUAGCCAUCCAAUGCGCCGUUGUAGUGUCUGGCGCCAUGGGCUGGCUCCUGACGAUAUCCCUAUGCUUUUGCCUUACCGACUACGAAGGCAUCCUUAACACCCCCACCGGUCUUCCAGCAGCGCAAAUCUUCCUCAAUGCAGGCGGGAAAGCCGGCGGCAUGGCCAUGUGGGGGCUCGCUGUGCUUGUCCAACUAUUCACAGGGUGCUCCGCCAUGCUCGCAGACACCCGGAUGGCCUACGCGUUUGCCCGCGAUGAGGCCCUCCCCUUCUCCUCCACUCUCUCGAAAAUAAACACCUACACCCAAACUCCUGUCAACGCCGUCUGGUUCGUCGUGGUCUUCGCCAUAGCACUGAACUGCAUCGCAAUCGGAUCCACCCAAACAGCCACAGCCAUCUUCUCCAUCACCGCGCCAGCCCUCGACCUCUCCUACGUCUCCGUGAUCCUCGCGCACCAGAUCUACAAGCACCAAGUAUCCUUCGUUGAAGGCCCUUUUACGCUGGGAAGAUGGGGGAGCUGGAUCAACUGGGUUUCGAUCAUCUGGGUGUUGUUUAUAAGCACUGUUCUGUUCUUCCCGCCGCAUGUUCCGGUUACGGUGGAGAAUAUGAACUACGCGGUUUUUGUUGGGCUCUUCAUUGCGGCGUUUGCGCUGGUUUGGUGGUGGGUCGAUGCGAGGGGGAAAUACACCGGGCCCCGGACAAACGAGUACCUGCAGGAGAUUCCGACGGAGGACUAUGCGGAGAACUACGGGACCAUGGAAUGA